UCAAUGGCAUAACUUAGCAGAGGGUAAUUAGUGAUACUAUGUCAGUCUAUGACAAUAGGAAAGAAAAAAAUAGAAAAGAAGUUGCGGUCGUCCACUUCCUGCACAAGCCAUUCUGCAUCGAUGUGAAAUGAGAGAAGUAGGAAGAGAAACAGUCUGUUUUCUGUGGGUCUUUGGUACGCCGGCCUCUGCAGACACACUCUUUUGUACUCUUAGGAACAUUGUCGAAGGAUCAGUAGCGGGCACACCGGUGGUCAUGAAGCGGGGCUCGAAGCAGAAAUGCCAGGAACAUAUGGGCAGUUCCCUGCUCAGCCUGCAAGAGAACCAGCAAGUGGUGGAUCUCCUGGGUAGGAGGUGUGUGUCUCUGUGCACGACGAUCGUGCAGAUGUAUAUGGCUCUGCCACACAGCCCGUCAAGUUGGAGUCUGCAGCACACAGGCGUGCUCUGCUUCAUCAAGGAUAACCCUCAGCGCUCCUACUUCAUCCGCCUCUACGACAUUAAGGCAAAUAAGAUGAUAUGGGAACAGGAAAUCUAUAAUCCCCUGACCUACCAUAGAGCAAGGCCCUUCUUUCACACCUUCCCGGCAGAUGACUGCCAAGUGGGGCUGAACUUUGCUAAUGAGCAGGAGGCAGACACCUUCUUCAGUGUAGUAGAUGAGAAGAUCAACCAGAGAAAUAACCGCUUGGAGAAGCGCCAUGUGAAAGGCCCAGCUUCUUUUAAAGAUCAUGAUGCAUUGCCCUCACUACCUCCAAAUGGCUCAGGAGGUCCCUCUCAACUUCCACUGGGAAACAUUAACAUCCUGAAUCAAACCCCUCUUCCCAAAUCAAAAAAAGAGAAAAAGGAGAAAGUGAAAAAAAGCAAAAAGAAGGGCUCUAAAUUGUCUAAGAUAUUAAUUGGAGCACCUAGUGGAUUCACUCAUGUUAGCCAUGUCGGCAUGGAUGCCAGCAACAUGGACCCAGACCUGAUGAAGCUGCUAUCACGUGCUGGCAUCAGUGAGGCAGAUCUGAGAGACACGGAGACCUCACAGCUCAUUCGUGAUAUUAUUGAGAGCUCUGGUGGAAUGGAGGCAGUCAAAAAGGAAGUGAACCAACAGGAGCGUAGUCUUCCUCCACUGCCUGAAGCUUAUCAGCCGGCUUCUGCUCAAACUCGUCUGGGGCCCUUGCCCCCUCCCCCUGGAGGUUGCCUGCCCACUGAGACCAGUAGGUCCUCCACUGCACGUGGCUCCCUCCCGCCUCCACCCUUCGGUGGGCGCACAGGACCCUUACCACCACCACCAGCAGUAGUAUCUCUUCCUUCUUCAACACAAGGGGGACGCAGAGGGCCUUUACCCCAACCUCCGGCUUUGUCAGCUGCACCUUCACAUAUGCCGGCCCGGAGUGGAUCCUUACCUCCAGUACCAGGGGAGCGCAGUAUGCCACUGCCCCCUUCAUCAGAUGUGAGGGGUGGGACUUCAGCUGUACCUCUUUUACGUAGCGCACCUAAACCUCCUUUUCUAGGAAGGGAUAGUGAACCUUCACCCCCACCAGUGGUAGGACGCAGGGAGUCGUUACCAUCAGUCCCAAGAGGGAAAGGUGGACCUCCACCACUGCCACCAGGGAGAACUGAAUCUUUACCUCCAAAUUAUGAAGAGGACAUUCUGCCCCCACCACCAGCUUCAGAAUCUUUUCUGCCUCCUGCCCCCUCCAAUUUUCUGCCACCAACUGACUUUGAAGACUUAGCUCUACCUCCUCCAUCUUUUCUGCCUCCUUCACCUAAUCACCAGUACGGUUCAGACAUAGUUAUACCUCCUCCACCAGUCUCAGUCAAUGUUAACAGAGGAGGUCCACCUCCCCCUCCUCCUCCACCUCCUCCUCCUCCUCCCCCUCAGGCUGCUCUACCACUUAGUUUUGGAAGUGCUCAGCCCCCGCCUCCUGGUGGUCCACCUCCUUCAACUGCCAGUAGUGGAGGAGGAGGCCGAGGAGCAUUACUGGACCAGAUUCGCUUAGGAAAGAAACUAAAAACGGUAACUGCCAGCCCUGAGCCUCCCCCGUCUGCAGCAGAAAACACAGGUGAAGGAAUUGUGGGAGCCCUCAUGAUGGCCAUGCAGAAGAGAAGUAAAGUCAUCCAGUCUUCUGAUGAAGGAGAUGAAUUUGAUGAUGAAGAGGAUGAUGAGGAUGAAUGGGAUUAAUAUUUAGAUUGUGAAUGUGCUUCAAUUCCAUUAGCAAAACUAUGUGGCAAAUUCACCAUGUCAAGUUGCAAAUUUAUGGUUCAUUUUCAAUUGCCAUGAAGCCUCAUGAUGUUUUUUUACAACUAGACAGACAAUUCCUUGGUCAAACUCAUUGCAACACAAUAAAUUUAUCACAUUAUGAAUUUUUAAAUUCAAUUAUUGAUUUACAAGUGAAGUGCAAGUGAAACCACUUAGUCAAAUCCAUUGAUGGUUCCUGAAAUUUCAGUACCAACAUGGAUUCAAUACCAAGCUAACCAGUGGCCCAAAGACUAUAAGUCACUGUCAGAAUGUGGAAUGUACCUAUGUAAGGUGCAGGUUCAGUUUCACAACUCUUCAAAACUCAAUGAGUCUACCAGUACUAAAACUAUUUUAGAUGUUUGAUUGGCCCCUCGUAAUUGGCCCAGCGUGUGUGUGCAUGUGCCCUAUGAUGGACUGUCCCCGUGUCCACCAUGCCCUGUGCCCUCCUGGGACAGGAGAAUUCAGAAUCCUGAUGCAACACUGUAAUUAUGCCAAUGAGCUCACUGUACACAGCAAUACUCUUUUAUUUGCUUUAUGACAUUAUAUUUAAGGACAUGAAAUAACAAAGUAAUGUGAUACUAAUCUAUGUUUUAAAUAAAAGAAAAAUAAUAAAAGCUUUUGUGUGAUUUUAGUCACUUAUAAUUCUAGUGUUACUCACUGUGAGGAUCUUUACUAUUUACAUAUUCCUAUAUGUAAUUUAGGAUUUAACCAUCCUAUAUACAAAGGAAGUUCAAUCAAUGUUUGUACUUAAUUUAAAACAGUGUCAGUGAUUAUCAUCACAUUUAAAUAAAUAGAAUUAUAUUUCCCAUUUGUCUUUCAUGCAAAGAUUCCCUCCACCCUUACUUUAUAUAUCUUCUUCCAAUGUUCAUAAGAAACAAAAAUAUACAGCCGUAAAAUAAAUAUACAUUAACAACAGUGUCAAACAGCUACAGUGGCAAAUGUAGUGUUUUUACAAAGAUUUUGGUGCCAUUUUCCAAUCAAGAAGAAAUAAUAAUUAGGAUACAUGUAUAGCUUUUUUCCACUGGUUUACUAUUAUCCAUACUGGACUAAAUGCUAGUUUCAACAUCCAGUCAAUAAAUGGGGAAUUGCACUGGCCCAAAGACUGACUACACAUACGCACACAGUAAAAUCAUGAUUUCCUUUACUGAAAUCAUACUAUAAGGUGCUUAAACUUGAGUUAGACUGGUAAACGUAGGCUAGAGUUUAAAAUGGCAGACGUGUCUUGCAAAAGCAACUUUGAAGUUGCUCAUCAGUUUUAGAACCAGUUAACACCAGAUCUGGCCACAACAUCCACACAGUGUUGCAUCAUGAUGGUCAGAACAGAAGCAUAUUACAUCUGCUCCACAAUUAAUGCAACACCAAAAGGUUCUAAAAGGUAGCUGAAGACAUACAGUGACCAUCCAAGAAGUAAUAAAAGAAGUUAGAGGUAAAGAAAAAAUAAAACAUUAACAAGAAUAGACAAGUAAAGGAACAAAUGAACGAGUACAGGAGCUGGUGAAGGAGAGCUGAGUGGCUGAUUGGCGGGGGAGUGAUGCCAGGCAGUGUGUUCACCCUGCCCUUUUGCACCUUGUCCACAGCCAAAGACCAUAAACAGAUGUCGGAAGGAUGGAAUGGAGGACAGGGAAUGGAGAAGUUGAGGAAUGGA